AUGCCCCGUCUAAAACUCUCCACAAUCCCAAAAUCACUUUCUACCCACCUCUUCUCCCCAACAGCAACGACCCUCACCUCCCCCUUCGCCACGACGACGCCGGCGUCAACAACAACCUCCUUCCAAAUCCUCUCAGACCUCCACCUGGAAGCGACGCAGACGCCGCCAAAUACUUACGAGACCUUCCAAAUCCCGCCACGAGCGCCAUACCUCCUGCUGGCCGGGGACAUAGGCCUCCUGACGCCGAGCCACUACCCGCGCUACCUCCACUUCCUGACGGCGCACGUGCACAAGUUCCGCCAGAUCUUCCUGACGCUGGGCAACCACGAAUUCUACCACCAGUCCCGCGACGAGGCGCUGCGCGCCGCGUCGCGACUGGAGAGCGAGCAGGCGCUGGAGGGCCGGGUGAAGGGGGAGGAAGAGGUGGUCUGCGUGCUAGGCGUCACGCUGAACACGCACGUGCCGGAGGAGGCGGCGGCCGAGGUGGCGGCGAGGGUGCAGGACUUCAGGAUGAUACGGGGCUGGAGUGUCGACGCCCACAACAGGGCCUUCCGCGAGGACGUGGAGUGGCUCAAGGGCGCCGUGGCCGGGCUGCGGGGGCGCAAGGCCGUCAUCGUCACGCAUCAUGCGCCCCGCGUCGGCGGAACGAGUAAGCGUGUGUUCGAGGGCAGCUCGCUCGCGUCGGCCUUCGCCACGGAUGUGGUUGGCGAGGUGCUCGCUGCUGGUGGCGGUGAGGGCGUGGGCGCCUGGGUCUUUGGUCAUACCCAUUUCUCCGUCGACUUUUGGGUCAAGUGGAAGCGCGGCAGGGUCCGGCUGGUGGCCAAUCAGAGGGGGUAUUUUGGGGAGGAGGCCGGCUUUGAUGUUGGCUUGGUGGUGGGCAUUUGA